UUUUCUGGGAGUGCAAAUGGGCAGGCAGGACUGGGGAUAAUGAGAAGGAUUAAUGAGGUACAGGGGAGCUCCAGCCCAGACGUCUGAAAAGAAUUCGGAGCCCAGCCAAUUCCAUGAGCAGCAAAAACUCGGUGGAGCUGCAGAGGAUGGUGGCCCUCAGAGACGAGGGCUGCCGAAACCCUGGCUUUCAGAAUGACGAAAUCUGCGUUGAAAGCCAGAACACAUCAGGAAACGACAACUCAUUAAGGAGCAGAGUUGUGCAAAACAGAGAGGAUGAAAAUGGAAAACAGGAUGAAGAGCAAGUCACCGUUGAGGAGGAUUCUCCAAGGAAGGAGGAAGAGGAGGAAGAUCAAGAGAUGCAUCAAAAAGGGUGCCUGGAAAACAAGUGCGGCACAGUUUAUGAUUUUUACAGGGAACACAAAACAACUCUUCAGUAUAUCCUCAGGGGCAUUUUACUAGCAGGGUACCUGGCCCUGGUGAUUGCAGCCUGCGUGCUGAACUUCCACAGAGCCCUUCCUCUUUUCGUGAUCACAGUGGUCGUCAUCUUCUUUGUGGUCUGGGAUCGCUUCAUGGCCAAAUAUGAGUCGCGGAUCGAUGAGUUCCUGUCUCCUGGCAGAAAGCUUCUGGACAGCCACUGGUUCUGGCUGAAGUGGGUGACGUGGGGCUCCCUGAUCCUGGGAGUUAUUUUGUGGCUGAUCUUCGACACCGCCAAACUGGGCCAACAGCAGCUCGUGUCCUUCGGUGGACUCAUAAUGUACAUCAGCCUGACAUUUCUGUUUUCCAAGCACCCAACCAAAGUUUCCUGGAGACCUGUCUUUUGGGGAAUUGGGUUACAGUUUCUUCUUGGGCUUUUGAUACUAAGGACUAAACCUGGAUUCAUAGCUUUUGAUUGGUUGGGCAAACAAGUUCAGACGUUCUUGGAGUACACCGAUGCUGGCGCUUUGUUUGUCUUCGGCGAGAAAUAUACAGACCAUUUUUUUGCAUUUAAGGUCCUGCCAAUCGUGGUUUUCUUCAGCACUGUGAUGUCCAUGCUGUACUACCUCGGAUUGAUGCAGUGGGUCGUUAGAAAGGUGGGAUGGGUAAUGCUAGUGACUAUGGGAACAUCUCCUAUUGAAUCUGUAGUUGCUUCUGGCAAUAUAUUUAUUGGACAGACAGAGUCUCCACUGCUGGUCCGACCAUAUUUACCCUAUGUCACCAGGUCUGAACUCCACGCAAUCAUGACUACUGGGUUCGCUACCAUUGCCGGAAGCGUCUUAGGUGCAUACAUUUCUUUUGGGAUUUCAUCCUCUCACUUGAUAACUUCUUCAGUUAUGGCAGCACCUGUAGCACUGGCUAUUUCUAAACUUUUUUGGCCUGAGACAGAAAAACCUAAAAUAACCCUCAAGAAUGCCAUGAAAAUGGAAAAUGGUGAUUCAAGGAAUCUCCUAGAAGCUGCAACUAAUGGAGCAUCCUCAUCCAUUUCCCUGGUGGCAAAUAUCACUGUGAAUCUGAUUGCCUUCCUGGCCCUGUUGUCUUUUGUGAAUUCAGCCCUGUCCUGGUUUGGAAACAUGUUUGACUACCCACAGCUGAGUUUUGAGAUAAUAUGCUCCUAUGUCUUCAUGCCCUUUUCCUUCAUGAUGGGAGUGGACUGGCAAGACACUUUUAUGGUUGCCAAACUCAUGGGUUAUAAGACAUUCUUCAACGAAUUUGUGGCUUAUCAGAAACUCUCGGAAUUGAUCCAUUUAAGGCAAGCAGGUGGACCCAAAUUUGUGGAUGGUGUGCAGCAAUAUAUAUCAAUUCGUUCUGAGACCAUUGCCACUUAUGCUCUCUGCAGCUUUGCCAAUAUCGGUUCCCUAGGAAUAGUGAUCGGUGGACUCACAUCCAUAGCUCCUUCCAGAAAGCGUGACAUCGCCUCAGUGGCAGUGAGAGCUCUGAUUGCGGGGACCAUUGCCAGCUUCAUGACAGCCUCCAUCGCAGGCAUACUCAUCAACACUCCUGAAGACAUCAACUGUCAUCACAUUUUGGAGAAUGCCUUCAACUCCAGCUUAGUUAGAAACACAACCAAUGUAGUAUCUUGUUGCCAGAGUCUAUUGAGCAGCACUGUGGCCAAGGGCCCUGGUGAGAUCAUCUCAGCAGGAAACUAUAGCCUGUACUCGUUGAAGGACUGCUGCAAAUUGCUGACUCCGUCGACGCUGAACUGCAGUUGGAUCCCUAAUGCAUUUUGAGUUCAGCCACUUCUCCAACAGAACUCUAAGUACCAGUGCUAAAUUUUCUGCUUGGAAGAGGGAAGAAAAAAAAAGCUAUUUCCAUAGAUUGAUACUUCUGUCAUGGAAUCAGCUUUCAUUGGAAAGAAGAGACAUAGGAGUGAGCAGUUCAAAUCUACAUCUUCCUCCUCCCUGACCCCUUCCCUACUGCGAAGAGCUACUCACUGGGGCAUCCCCGAGUGAGCUAUUGUCCCCAAAAUGUUUUCUGCCUCGGAAGGAAAUUUUAGAGACGAUGCUGAGAUGCUUUUUAAUGAAAUGCCUAUCAGCAAUGCUCUUUAUUGCAUAAAGCCCACACUGUAUGUGAAAACACAAACACUAAUGACUGGAUUAAAAGAGGGGUUCACACUAAAGAAAAAAUGUGAAAAGGGUUUUGGAAGACCUUAAGUAAUUUGUUUUCAUUUUUGUUCACAAACAAGAGUGAUUAAAAAAAAAAAUCCAUGUGUCAAGAGCUGAUCUAUAUGUAUGGAGGUAGCAAUGGUGGUGGUGGAGGUGGUGGUGACGUAGGGACCUGAAUGCCCUAAGGACUCAAUCUCUGAAGUACAAAACACUAGGACAUGUCUAAUUAUUGAUCAUUUGCAUCAUAUUUUUCUUGGAGCUCACUGUGCACUUUGAGUAUUUAGACUUCAUUUUAGAAAAAUAGAGGUAUAUGUCCUUUCCCUCUGUUCUCUGUGUUCUGGUGUCAGCCUUCAUAAAAGCCUAUGGCCCUGUGUGUUAGGGAUGCCAAUUAUUCAUAUGCUGGUUUUCCUUUGUUUGCUAUGGCUAUGACUUUUCUUCUCAUUCCUUUUUCUCUUUUUAACUCUUUGCAUUUUUCUACUCUGUUUUAUUCCUGAGAGUCUCUAAGAGAAUCUCUUUGCUGUUUCUAGUAUGCCUCUGUGACCAACUAAUUUUUAAAUUCUGUCUGUUGCCAUUACUAUUCCUUGGAUGUUUUAAGCUCUGUCUCUCUCUUUUUAAUUUCAUGAGAAAGUUCAU